AUGGCUUCAGUCAAAGCAUCUAACAUCCUAAUCUUCGGGGCCACUGGCUUCAUUGGCACCUUUAUCACGGAGAAGGUCAUUGCCGCCCAGCCCGCCUUUGGCCACAUCACCAUCUUCACAUCUACCAACACGGUCAACAGCAAGGGCGAGCUCCUGGAAAAGUGGAAGAAGGCUGGCAACGUGACCGUCAUCACCGGUGAUGUCGACUCUGAGGCCGAUGUGAGCGCAGCAUACAAGGACCACAACAUCGACACGGUCAUCAGUGCCUUUGGGCGCGGUGCCAUCGCCAAGCAGAUCGACCUGAUCAGGUGGGCGGACAAGUCGGACAAGGUGAAGUGGUUCUUCCCGUCCGAGUACGGCACGGACAUCGAGUACGGGCCAAAGAGCAAGGACGAGAAGCCGCACCAGCAGAAGCUCAAGGUUCGCAAGUUCAUCCGGGAGGAGGUCAAGAACCUGCAGGUUACGUAUGUUGUGACCGGGCCCUACUUCGAGUCCUGGGUCGGCCGUGCCCAAGGCUUGGACCUCUCACCUGGAUUCGACGUGCCGAAGAAGGAGGCGUGGCUGGCUGAGGCUGAUGGCAAGAUCGGCUUCACCACAAUGCCUGACGUGGGCAAGCUGGUAGUCGCAGCCCUGCAACACCCCGAGGCUUCAUUGGGGAAAGCACUCAAGGUCAACUCAUUCGAGGUUACACCGAACCAGGUCCUUGCAGAAUACGAGAAACAGACGGGAGCCAAAUGGAAGGUCAACCACAUCCCUCUCAGCGAGCUCAUCGAGGAGGAGGAGAAGCUUUGGGAGGAGGGUAAUGCCAAGGCUACGGUCCUCACGCUGAGGCGCAUCUGGGCCGAGGGAGGCACUCUCUACGAUAAGACUGACAACGAGGCUAUUGGAGUGAAGACUGGGGAUACGGAGUCCUUGGAGGUCAUCCUGAAGAGAAUCCUUGGAGGACAGCGGGUUUAUGCUGUUAAGGGCGACAUCAAAGAAGGCUCACGUUAUGGUCCUGCACUGUUCGCAGGCCAUUGCGACCCGCCAAGCCGGGGCCAGUCGUCCGGGGGGCUUGUCUGGGAGACGUCAAGCACGCCCUUCCCCCUCUCGACGGCUAUGCCGAGCUCCGGGACCCUGGGGCAGUUUGCUCACGAUGUGUCACCGUACCUCAUUCUGCUGAUCUUCGUUGCGACUUUCGGUCCAUUUCAAUUCGGCUAUCACUUGUCCGAGUUGAACGCCCCACAACAUGUCAUCACCUGUGAGGACGACAAUGCCGCGCCGUCCGGCACCCUCGCCCGCGUCGCCGCGGGGCUAUCGAGCUACGCCUUCAAGAACAAGGACGGAUGCAAGGGCAUACCCAUGACCGAGCCGACAUUUGCAAUAGUGUCCUCCAUCUUCACCAUCGGCGGCCUGAUCGGUGCGCUCGCGUCCGGGCCCAUAACUUCCAAGAAGGGCCGUUGGCUGUCCAUACAGAUGACGGCCAUCACAUUCGUCAUUGGCGCGACCAUUGAGGCCCUGGCCACCGCAGCCUGGGUCAUCGCACUCGGACGCUUUGUCUCCGGGCUCGGCUCCGGCGCGAGCACCGUCAUCGUCCCUCUGUACAUCUCUGAGGUUGCACCGCCGGCCGAGAGGGGUUUCUUCGGCGCCUUCACCCAGAUCAGUUGCAAUACGGGAAUCCUGACCGCCCAGGUGCUGGGUUACUUCCUGAGCCACGGUGCCGCGUGGCGGUGGAUCCUGGGAAUCAGCGGCAUCAUUGCUCUCGCCCAGAUCUUACUCACCUUCCUGGUCCCCGAAAGCCCUGCCUGGACGGCGACCGUGAAGGGCGACGUCGUGGCUGGCAGGAAAAUCUUGCAGCGUAUCAGGGGACGAAACGUCGACAUCGAUGACGAGGUAGCGCUCUGGGGGGCCGGUUCCGGUCAGAACGUUACUGGCGAGGAAACGGGCCUGCUUCAGCCUCCGGAGGGAGGUGCCUCGCUUGUCCCUGACAAGGAAGAGGCCCAGCACAUUGGAGUUAUGCAGGCGCUGAAGGAUCCUCUUUAUCGGCCUGCUAUGAUCGUGGUCAUGGGGAUCAUGUUUGCUCAGCAACUGUGCGGAAUCAACUCGAUCGUGAUGUACUCGGUGGCGCUUCUCAACGGCUUGCUGCCCUUGAGCUCCAUCGUUCUCACGAUCCUCGUCUCAACUGUCAACCUGGUCAUGACCGCAGCGUGCUCGCCUCUCCCUGACAAGUGGGGCCGCAAGACAUGCCUGCUCGUCUCCAUCGUCGGCCAGGGGGCCUCCUCGCUCGUCCUCGCUAUCUCGAUCCUCACGGGCUUCAAGAUUGUGUCCGCCCUCGCGGUUGCCUUCUUCGUUGCCUUCUUCGCCGUCGGCCUGGGCCCCGUGCCGUUCAUGCUCGCGUCGGAGCUGGUGGGCCAGGAGGCCGUCGGCGCGACACAGAGCUGGUGUCUGGCUACUAACUACUCGGCUACCUUCCUUGUGGCGCAGUUCUUCCCCAUCGUCAACACGGCGCUGAACAACUGGCUGGGCGGUCGCGGCGGAUGGGUCUAUUUUAUUUUUGCGGGCUUUGCCGCGCUCUUCGCACUAUUCAUCAUUACCAAAGUGCCCGAGACAAAGGGCAAGAAGGACGCUGAUGAGGUAUGGGGAAGGACCAGACGGUUGGAUUAG